AUGGGUAGCUUAGCGCGCAGUUCCGCAUCUACGGAACAUUCAAACUCUGGUAAUCUUUCAAUCUUGACCAAAGUUGACAAAUUACGUGAGCUCAUUGGCACCAAGGUUGCCUUACCUCAGCUCGUUGUCGUCGGAGACCAGUCUUCUGGUAAGAGUUCAGUACUCGAAGGUCUGACAGGUUUCGCCUUCCCUCGCGAUGCCGAGCUUUGCACGCGUUACGCAACCCAGAUUACAUGUCGUCGCGAAAAUGAAGAAUCCAUCGACGUUUCUAUCAUUCCCUAUCCAGACGCGGCGCCUAUCGAGCAGGAACGUGUUAGGAAGUUCCACCGCACCCUGAAAGAGAUGGCACCGGAAAGCCUCGCCCAGGUGUUCAAGGAGGCGAACGAGGCGAUGGGAAUUAGAACCUCAGCUAAGUCUAAGUCACCCGAGUUGUCGACACUUCCCACCUUCAGCGAACAUAUUCUCAAGAUUGAAAAGCUUGGCCCGAAUGAGCAACACUUCACUGUUAUCGAUGUGCCAGGCAUCUUUCGAAAGAAGACAGAGGGUGUUACGACAGACGCUGACAUUGAGCUCGUCAGAGCCAUGGUGAAGAAAUACAUGAAGGACACCAGAACCAUAAUUCUGGCAAUCAUGCCCAGUAACGUCGAUCCCGCUACACAAGAGAUUUUGAAUCUCGCGAAAGAGGCAGAUGCCUCAAUGCAGAGAACAAUGGCGGUUCUCACGAAGCCUGACUUAGCUAUCGAGCGUACAACGCAACAGAUUGCCAUCGAUCAUGUCACCGGUACGAGAAGCGACUUAGAUCUAGGUUACUACAUUGUGAAGAACCGCGGACCGGACGACGGAGACAUGACCCUAGAGCAGGGAAAAGAAGCGGAGCGCAGAUUCUUCGCGCAGGCCCCCUGGUCUAUUCUCAAGAGUACCGGCAGGGCUGGCAUAGACAAUCUUAGUAAACGCGUUCGUGAUCUCCUUGUAGAUCUAAUUAAAAGGGAAUUCCCUAAACUGAAGGCGGAGGUUGCGAAGGAAGUUGUGUGGCUGAGAAACAGGCUCGAUGGGAUGGGCGCAGCGAGAAACAACGAGCACACGCAGAGGGCUUAUCUCAACAAGAUCAGCGAAGCCUUCCAGACAAUCGCUCGAGAUGCGCUCAAUGCCUACUACACCGGAAAUAGGAUAUUCGACGAGCGACACGACCUCAGACUCAUCACCCGCGUCGUUGAGGCCAACGAGAAGUACUCGAAUGACAUGUUCAAGUGUGGCCACACUAGGCCUUUUCUAUCUAACCUGGAGGGUGACACUGAAGAUAGGGAUGUCGCGGCAGAGCCAGAGGACCUGAACAUAUCCGAAUUCGAUUCUGAUAAUGAUGAUGAGUUGGAAGGACUUUUUGACAUCCCAGAGAUAACAGCACCGGAGUCUCGUAAAGAAGGCAUCAUGGAGUACAUCGAGAAGGUCUACAGAGCUAGUCGUGGUCAGGAGCUCGGAACGUUUGGCGGAGCUCUCCUGUCGACCAUGUUCAAGGAGCAGUCAAAGAAAUGGGAGCCUAUAACCUUGUCUUAUAUGAAGGACGUAAUUCUCGCAAUCCACCAUUUCAUUUCCGAGAUCGUAGUUGAAAUUUGCCCUGACACUCGCGUACGCGAUGAGCUCUGGAAUGGGUACCUGCUCGAAGAGCUUCAGGCCUCAUAUCGCAAGGCUAUGGACCACGUACGGCUAUUGCUCGACAUCGAACGUGAAGGUAUCCCGCUUACACUGAACCACUACUUCAGCGACAAUCUCCAGAAGUCUCAGAGUAGCCGCUUGGUAGAAACCAUGACAAAACUUGGGGAAGAGAGGGAAUUGGCCUCAACGGAUGGUGAGGGUAACGUCUUGAAGCAGGAGUCGGGUAUUUUCUUGAGCCGGGCUAAGCUCAACAAUCUUUCGUUUAACAUGGCGAAUUCGGACCACGUUCGAGAGUACAUGCAUGACGUGCUUAAGAGCUACUACAAAGUCUCUCGUAAACGUUUCGUCGACGUCGUUUGUCAACAGGCCGUCAAUUAUUUCCUCCUGCAAGGAGAACACAGCCCACUCAAAAUCUUCAGCACGCAAAUGGUACUAAAUCUUAACGAGGACCAACUCGAAAUGAUUGCUGCCGAAGAUGCCCCGGUCAAGGCGCAGAGAGAGAGGUUAGGCAACGACAAGAAAAAUUUCGAGAAGGCUUUGAAGGUGCUGAAGGGCUCAGCUUGA